UUAAAAAGAAAGGGGUGGUUCAGUUAAUCUCGCUACCCUUGUAAAAACCCACCUAAAUAGUCACAUCUUUCUUGCAUACAUCGGCCUCCGUUGUCAUUCUACUCCCACUUUUAGCAGAGAUUACACAUAACCCACAUCGUCAAAUGGCAGCCGCUGCCACUGAAGCAACGAGAUCUUCGUCCACUGGCUCUGCCGAUUCCUACAUCGGUAGCUUGAUCAGCUUGACUUCUAAGUCCGAGAUUCGUUACGAGGGUGUUCUUUUCAACAUCAACACUGAAGAAUCGAGCAUCGGUUUGAGAAACGUGAGAUCAUUUGGAACAGAAGGGCGAAGAAAGGAUGGCCCCCAUGUUCCACCAAGCGAUAAAAUUUAUGAGUACAUACUCUUCCGAGGAAGUGACAUCAAGGAUUUGCAGGUCAAAUCUUCCCCACCUGUUCAGACAACAACAUAUAUACACAAUGAUCCAGCUAUUAUACAGUCUCACUAUCCUCAAGCAGCAAUUACAUCUACAAGCGUGCCUUCUGGUAGUGGAUCUGUACCUGAUCCGACUUCCCAAACUUCACAGCUAGGACUUACCAGACCAACAUUUCAAGGAAGUCCUUCCUUGUAUCAACCAGGUGGGAGUUUAGGGGCAUGGGGUUCAUCAUCUCUGCCGACAACUAAUGGUGGUGGACUCGCCAUGCCAAUGUAUUGGCAAGGAUUCUAUGGGUCCUCAAAUGCGCUUCAGGCACAGCAACAACCUUUGCUUCAACCACCUCCGGGAUUGUCAAUGAUGCCUUCAAUGCAGCAAUCUAUGCAAUACCCCAUGAAUGCAUCGCUCCCUACAGUGGCUUCCAACUUAUCAGCCUCUCAGUUGUCAGAGCAACGCCCUCCUUUGCUGCCACCUUUUAGCACAGGCACCUUGAAUUUGCUCUCUCCAAUGCUUCCUGCACAAUCUUCUGUUACAGUUUCUGACUCAUCAAUGAAUCUGAUUCCUGAGAAGGCUUCUACUCAGAUUCUUCCUACUGCAGCUCUAAGUAAUAGCUUGCCUUUGGUACCUCCAUUAACUGCUGGCUUAGAUAACAAGACAAUUGCACCACCACCAGUUUCCGAACCUACACUGUUCCCUAUUCCUGUUAUGCCAUUUCAAAGCAUGUCUGAAUCUGCCUCUUCGGUUGUGGGGACAUCAAGUUCUGUUUUGCAUGAUGGGAUAAAGCCUUCUUUGGUAACCCCUGACCAGCUUUUGCAGCCUGGACUACCCACAGUAUCGUCAUCCCAGUCUUCCCAAACAGCUCAGAAGGAUGUUGAGGUAGUGAAUCUAUCAUCAACAGAAACACCGCCAGCAGCAGUAGCAUCAGCAUCAGAAUCUCAGGAACCUAUAUUGCCUUUGCCUUCACCAUCUGAUCAUAAGCUGCGCGGAGCACCUAUGUAUCAUCAAAAUAGUCAUAGGGGAGGACGCGGAAGAGGAAGAGGAAAUGAGAUCUCACGCUCUGCAACCAGAUUCGCUGAGGAUUUUGAUUUUACUGCAAUGAAUGAGAAAUUCAACAAAGAUGAAGUAUGGGGCCAUCUUGGUAAAAAUAACAAAGCUCAAGAAGAUGAGGAUGAUUUACCAGAUGAAGACAAUAUCGGAUCUUUAAAAUAUGAGAACAAGCCUGUUUAUGUUAAGGAUGACUUUUUUGAUUCCUUAUCAUGUGAUGCUCUUGAUGCUGGGUCGCGUAAUGGGAGGACUAGGUUCUCUGAACAAGUUAGAAGAGAUACUGAGACAUUUGGGGAUUUUCAUAGGUAUUAUGGUGGGCGAGGUGGUCGUGGACCUUAUCGAGGUGGUGGGCGAUCACGCGGUUCCUAUCAUGGAAGGGGCUACGGCUAUGCUGCCCGAGGUCGGGGAUAUGGCAUGUCAAACCGCACCCCCUAGUUGUUAGUUCUCAGCAUUUCCAUUCCAAUAAUAGGGUUUAAUUUGAGAUGCUUUAAGUUUGCCUACCAAGAUAUGAGAUAAUAGUGGUAAUGGGGCUGCUAUGUUUGUAUUUUUCCUGUUGUGGUUUCCUAGUUUUGUGACUGAGCUCAACAUAAACC